UCUGGUCUCUCUUUCCUCACCUCCGCGUCUUCCAGCCCUGACUUCCACUUGCCGGCUGACAGCAGCGGGCGGUCUGCGUUGAAGUUUCAUGCAUUGGAUGCUCGGAUUUUCCAAUCUGCACUUGUGCCCUCCCCGCGCAGACUGCACUCCAUUGACCCAAUCCAACCAUCAUGGCAACAAUCAAUCCAUCAACGCCCAUCUGACUGCUUUGAGCGGCGUCUUCAAUUUCUUUCGUUCCAAGCAAACCACUUGGCGGACAGUGAGUGACUUCUCAUUUUUCGUCGCUUUUCGUUCAGCUCAUCCUUCGUACGACAAAGUGGCGUUCUCCUGCUUUGCCCAAUUCGGGUUGAUGGCCCUUUUCUCUUUUCGAUGCCUGCCAGGUCGUCAAUCGACAUCGUGAUACCCAACCCAAGCAGGGCCCCAGCCAGGUCGUGGAUGUUGCCAUUUUCGGAACAUCGAUUCAGCAAAUUCCCUUGACCCGGGGUACGAUACGAAGUGCUAACUAGGCUCUAUAGGCCCAGCACAAAGG